GAUAAAAUAGCUUUGUUUGCUAGUGAGCACUCAGUUCAAACAGAUCAGACUGUAAUUUUUUUAAAAAGUGAAAUUACACAGACAGAUGUAAUCAAAGCUGUAUCUGUCAAUGAACACGCGACACAGACUAAAUCGACAGUUUUUAAGUACAAAGAAAAAACGAUCCAGACUGAACCCAAUUCUGUACGGGUUAGUGAAAAGCUCAUCCAAACUGAGCACACACUAAUUAUCCCUAAUUACAGUGUUAGCGAAAAAAUGAUACAGACGGAAAAAGUAGCAAUGAGAGUCUGUAAACGAUAUGUACAAACGGACAGAAUCAUUCAGAGCACAUGUGAACUUAGUAUACAGACUGACAAAAUCACUGUGUCUCUAAAUGAACAAAUCGUACAAACAGACCAAUCCUCUAUGAUUUCAAAAGAGCAAAUCACACAAACUGAGGAAGUUGAGAUCUCUGAAAUAAAAGAAUUGAAACAAAGUGAAGAUGAUGGGAAUCAAAACUAUGUUCAAGCAGAGGAAAGUUCAAUUACACAAUGUACACAAAUCUGUCUGGAUGAUAAAUUCAUUUUUGGUUUAGAAGAGCAAAUUAAAAUUGAGCCAUUUGAGAUAAAAAACGAGGAUACCAAUUUGAGAAUUUCAGAGAACUUUCCCAUAAAAAAUGAAAGAGCCGACAUGAAAAUUUACCAAAAAGACUUUGCAACAUUGUCUGAUGAGAACGAUGAUUGUGAUAUGUCUGACUGUUCUUUUCCAUUGCAGUGUAGCAUUGAAUUAAGUAAAAUAGAUAAUUGGAACACCAGUUUUACACAAGCAGAGAAAAUUCCUUAUUGUCAUGAAGAAAAGGAAGCAAAGCACAAUUACACAAUUCAAAAGGUGGAUGGCAGUGAUGAUGCAGUUCCACAAGAAACAUUGUCCUGGUGUAAUGUCCAUGAAUUGUUAAAAGAAGUCAAAGAAGGGUCACAAUUACAGAAAUUGACAGAGGAACAACAUAACUUGCAAUCAAAUUUGGUGCUGAUAAAGUCCACACACAUUCCAAAUACCGAUCAAAAUCCACCUAUAGAAUACACAAUCAAAAAUUAUACACAGGCAGAGAUGAGCUUGAAUGGAAAUAAACCAUCUGAAUUAAACUCCUUACAUACAUGUUCAAACAAGGAGAGCUUAGAAAUUACACCAAAACCCAGUUUGUAUGAAAAAUUGGCGAGAACAGAAGAUAAUAAUGAACCAAGUGCAUGCUUUUCUAUAUUAAGCCCUACGAAAAAAGGUCAGAAAUUUGAAAUUACAGGAGAAGAAACAAAUACUUUACAGUAUUCUAGUAUUCCAUGUACUGAUGAAGAACAUUCUAUGGAGCGUGUAAUUCAAAGUGACAUAAAUACAGAAAGCUUGAACAAUAUUGACUCAACUGAAUUAAACUCGGUUCAUACAUAUAUGAGUUCUAAGGAGGACUUACUAAGUCCAUCAGAAAACUUGGAAACAAGAGAAGAAGUCAAUAGCAUUCAUACUGAAAUCUUCUCUUUCAUAGACUCAACGAAUUCUGUUCCAAAUACCAAUCUAGAUCUAUCCACAGAUUGUAUAACCAGCAAUGACAUAAACAGAGAAAAGUUCCUGAAAGCAUAUGACUCAUCUGGAUUACAGUCCUUCAAUAUGAAUGCCAGCACUUCAGAAACUUUAGAAUGCAAACUUAAACAUAGUCCACAGGAAGACAUAGAAAUAGCAGAAGAAAUCAAUAAUGUACAAAGUGCUUUCUCUUCUAGAAUAUGUUACAUGGAAAAAGGACAGACACAAGAGGUAGUUACGGAACCAGAAAAAUAUACUUUACCGUCUAAUUACAUUUCAACUACCAAUCUAGAUCCAACCUUAGAAACACGUCAAUUGUCUCAAUUAAACCUCUCAUAUGUGACCCCUCCAGGGAGCUUAGAGAUUAAACACAGCCCUUCAGAAAACUUGGAAAAAAAGGAAGAAGCCAAUAAUGUAGAAAAUGCAUUCCUAUCUUGGUUAAGCUCUACGAACAAAGGCUAUACACUAUUUGCAGGUACAGAAGAAGAACAAAAUAAUUUACUGUAUAAUUCCACUCCAUAUGCUGAUCAAUAUCCUGCUAUAGAGUGUGUAAUCAACAAUGCCACAAAUGGAGAAAAGUGUCUGAAGUCUACAGAGGACUUAGAUUUGGAAAUAAAAGAAGCAGUCAGUAAUAUGCAUACUGCUUUCUCUUCUUUGAUGGACUUAAUGAAUUGUACUGCAAAUACCGAUGAAGAUCCUGUCAUUGAGUGUGUACCCAAGAAUGUCACAAAUAAUAAGGAAGGAACGCUCCUGAAGGCAAAUGACCCGUCUCUAUUAAAAUACUUUGAUACGUACGGGAGCACGUCAGAGGACUUGGAAUUGGAAGUUGAAAAAACAGAAGAGGUUAAUAAUAUUCAAUGCACUUUCUUUUCUCUGAUAGAAUCAAUGAAAAAAGGCCCAUCACAACUUGCAGAAACUGAACCUGAAGAAAAUGCCUUAUUGUAUAGUUGUGAACUGAAUAUUGAUGAAAAGUCAACCAGUGAGUGUGUAACUAAAAGUUAUGCGAGUGUAGAACAGAGCUUCACUGCAAAUGAACCCUCUCCAUUAAUCACCUUACUUAUGAAUAACAGCCAGAUGCUUGCUGUUACAGAAGAAGAAAAUAGAACUUUACAAUUUAAUCACAUUCCAAGUGCUGAUCACGAUCCUGACAGAGAGUGUGUUUUUAAAAGUGAUCUACAUACAGAGAGAAACAUGAAUACAAGUGACUCAUCUGAACUUAACUCCUCCCUUACUGGUCUUAAUUCUAUGGAGGACUUACAGAGUAUAACAGACAAUCUGGACGCGAGAGAAGCAGUCAAUAAUAUACAAACUGCAUUCUCGUCGCUGAUAGACUCGAUGGGUUAUGUCCCAAGUCCUGAUCAAGAUCCAGUGAUAGAAUGUAUAACCAGCACUGACAUAAAUAAAGGAACGAUCGUGAAGGCAAAUGACCCAUCCCUUUUGAAAUACUUCGAUACGUAUGGAAGCACGUCGGAGGAAGACUUGGAUUUGGAAGUAGAAAAAACCGAAGAGGUCAGCAAUAUACAAUGCGCUUUCUUUUCGUUGAUAGAUUCCAUGAAAAAAGGCCAAGCACAACCUCAGCCACCUAACUUGAAAAAUUGUGAUGAUGAUAUGGUCUUAGAACAAAUUAGUGAAAAAGAUGUUCCACAAUUUCUGAAACUGGCAGAUGAAGGACACAAUUUCCAGUCUAAUGAAAUGGCAAUUGGAAAACCUGAUGCUGAAACUAAGAACAGACAAAAUAAAUAUUCUCGGCCAUGUUCAGUAAUAUUAGGUUUAAAAUAUAAGCCAUUAUUACCCAGACAAUUAAGAAAUAGGAAGAGAAAAAGAGAACAUGUGCAAAAGCAGGAAAUUUCCAUUGAAUGUUUAAGGUUAGAUUCCAUGAGUACCCCAGUUAGCAAUACUGACAGGAACAAUCCAGAAGGAAACCAAAGUUCAGAAAUGAAAAUAUCUAAUGAGAAAAAUUGCAAUGAUAUAAAUAGCUAUUCAGUUCCAUUCCAAUCUAUUGAAGAAUCGAAUAAACCAGAUAAACUGGAGAACUGUGUUAUUCAAUCUGAACACCAGGUUUCUGAUAGCUACCAAGAAUCAGAAGUAACUCAGGAGAAUUAUACCCCAAAACAAACUGAUGAAUAUGACGUGGUACAAGUUCUUACAUUGCAACCUACGGAUGAACGGAAUAAAACAGAUAAUUUGGACAAUAGUCAUAUGCCUUCUGAAGAGGCCUCUAUCAUCCAAAAAGAUAAAGCAGCAACUCAGCAGAACCGUACUCUAAAAGAGAAAAAUAAAUGUGACGAAUAUGGGGUGACACAAGAGCUGAAGUCUAAUGGCGUACAAGCUUUUACAGUAAUGAAGGACACACGCAUAAAAUAUUAUAAACCAUUAAAAUGCAGGCCAGCCGCAUCAAACGAGACCAAACAGAUAUCGAACCCUGAGCAUUUAACAACGAAGUCUGCUGUAGAUUGUCCCAAGAAUUUAAAAGAACCUUUACAACAUAAACGAACUAGAAGAUCAUCUAGCUCUCUACCACCUCCAGAAGAAACAAAAUGUAAUAUAAACGUGUGGGAUUAUAGCACAAGAUCACCCUUCAAAGUGACAUUUAAUGGAGAUUACUCGGAGAAUUUAUUAGACUCAGAAGACACUCAGGACAAGAAAGCUGACAAUGAUUGGGUAACAAAAUUUCCAAAAUCGGAAGAAUACAAAUGUCUUGAAGAUACUGGGGAUUAUGUGUCAUCAAAGAAUAGUACCAAUGAAAGUAGUGACGCAGAAUCAAUUUUGAAUAUUGCAUAUAAAAGAUCGGCUAGUAGCACCUCUUCAGGAACACGUAUGUCAAAAUCUUCAUUAGACAAUAAAAGUGGCUCACCCACCAAGACAGUUAGGAAUAAAUUAAAUGGUAACAUAGUCACUACACCACCACCACACAUAGAUCAUAGGCCACGUUUAAAACCAUUAAAAUGCAGAUCAGCCCCAUCAAACAUAACCAGGCAGAAUUUAAAUACAGAGCACCUGACAACAAAGUCUGGUUUAGAGUGUCAUAAGAAUGGAAAUGCACCUUUAACGAAGCGAAAUAGAAAAUCGUCCAGCUCUUUGCCACCACAUUCAGAGGAAACGUGUAAGAUAAAUGUGUGGGACUAUUCCAUGAGAUCACCCUUCAAAGUGACAUUUAAUGGAGAUUACAAGGACAAUUUAUUAAACUCAGAAGAUACACAGGAUAAAAAAGGUGAUAAUGAUUGGGUGAGAAAAUUACCCAAAUCUGAAGAAUACAAAUGUCUUGAAGAUACUGGGGAUUAUGAGACACCAAAGAAUAGUACUAAUGAAAGUAGCGACUCCUCAGAAAUUUCUACGACAGAAUCUUCUUUAGAUGAUUGGUGUGAUUCAGGAAUGAAGAAAGCCACUGCACAAUUAAUGAUCUGUGACCAAAAUGCUAUGCAAGUUGAAAAACCUCAGUCUCGGCAGAAUAGAGUUAAAAGAGAUAACACACAUAUUAAGAAUGGACAAAAACAUAAGAGAGAUGAUCAUAGGCCAUGUUCAGUGCCAUCGAGCCAGAAUUCAAAUACUGAGCAUAAGAACGUAAAAGGGCCUUUAAAGAAACAAACUCGAAAAUCAUCUAGUUCUUUGCAACCUUCAACAGAAUAUUCCAUAAACGUGUGGGACUACUUCCCAAAAUCACCCUUCAAAGUGACCUUAUCAAAGUCGGAAGAUACACAGGACAAGAAAGAGGACAAUGAUUGGGUGAGAAAAUUCCCAAAAUCAGAAGAAUACAAAUGUUUAGAAGAUACUGGGGAUUAUGAAUCGCCAAUGACAGACUCUGAUGAACACAGUGAUACAGAAUCAUCUCUUCUGAACAUUCCACGUUUACAUUCGGCCAGUGAUUCCUCAGAAUCUUGUACGACGGAAUCUUCAUCAAAUCAUAAAUCUUGCUCAUCGACUAAGUUGACAGGAAAUGAACUAUGUGACCCGUCGACAACUGCAUUGCAAUCAAGCCAAACACAUGUGAUACAAGCUUGGCUUGAUAAUGGAACAAACAUCAAAACAAAAUCUAGACGAAAGAGAAAGUUGGUAAAACAGGAUGAAUGUAUAAAAGUUUUAACAGACAAUGAAUCGAAACAUCUUGAUGACAUAACAAUUGACGAUUUUACUUCCACUGAUUUUGACACUAAAUUGAUUCAUGUUAAGCCUUGCCGUAGCGACAUUAGUGAGAAGAAACACUAUGACCAUUCACAUAUCUUUACAACACAUCCAUUAACAAAUACAUCAACAAAUGUAGGCGCCCGAAUAGGAUGUUCCUCAGCUCAAGAAGGGGCUCAAUACGUGGGCGAUUUAUUAAUUGAGGAUAUAACAUCGUUCGAGGCGUCUGAUACUACAUUUGUAGAUUUGAAUCCUAGAGCCACAAAUGUAGAUAAAAGAGAACAUAAUAACAUUGGUACACAGCAGGAUGAUGGUAAACAAAAAUUAACACGAGGAAAUGGUGUUUCUUUGUCAACGCUUCAAAAUACUGUGAAAGUAAAGACAUUAAGUCCACUGAAUAAUAUCGGACCAAACUAUUACAAUAAAAUUCAAAAUAAAACAGUUAUUAUGUCACGACAUGUUAGAAGGCCAAUUAGCAAACAGCGAAAUGUGGAAAGCUUGCUGAGAAAAAAUGGUUCAGCACAAAACAAUACGGAAAGGAAUGUUGUUACAAGUGAGGAAAAUUGAAGACAUCAUCAUUCUCUAAAUUAAUUGUCUAUAAUAAACUUACUUGAAACAUUUAAUAUUCUUUUACUUUACUGCUUUAUCUUUAUGUACAUGAAAGUUUAAAGUUGAACUUUACAUAACAAUUCUUUACAUUUACUGACAAGAUCACCACAUUUUAGUUUUUCUGCAUUGACU